GUACGACGUUUCGUUUACGCUUCCCCAAUCGUCUCUAUCUUCCUAUCGCUCACACCGUACAUAUCUACUUGAUAAUAAUAUUUAUGUGUCAAAGAGCCGGUUAAACAGGUUGUCCAUUCGCUUAUUUAACUAUUCGGAAUAUUGUCCUAUGGGUGGAGAUAAUCUGAUACGUGAACUCUAGAAAAUCAGUGAGUGUCAGUGAUGAGUUUUGUGAUUGAUUGGUUCAUUGGCAUCAUUUCGGAAUGAUCUCGGGUUGAUGACAUGGUUGUGCUUUAGAGGUUGAGAUACGGUGGUUGUUAUUGUUGAAAAUGUUGGUGAUUGGUUGGAAAAAUCAUGACGACAGAAUCCAGCAUGGCCGUCGAACUAGAUGUAGAAGUAUGGAGAUGAUUUUUAUCGAUAUGCUUGGGAGAAUUUUUUAUUGGUUAUUGGAUUUUGGGUGAGGCGAUGGUGAAUUUAUGAGGUUCGUGAUCUUGGGGUUGAUGGGGUGUUGGAGGUGUUGAAUUAUUAAAUUCUGUGACACUCAGUCAUUUGAGGCUUACUCCAAUUUUUCAAUCGUGAAUUUGGUGAUGAUGGUGAUGGAUUGAUUGGGAGGGGAAAAAUUCUGGGAAAUAUUUGCUCGAGUCAGGUCAAUAAAGGGGCUCGUUUGAAGGGCGACAAAGGUCUCUACUUCGUCGACCACGCAUGGCCGAUUCGGGGAAGAACCCACGGUGCAAAGACCUUCUGAAAGAUACUAGUAACACUCGAAAUAAAAUCCAGUGGUUGUUGACGAAUUAUCAGAAACAAGUGUGAAAUAUUUAUCGAGUUGUAAUCGUUCGAAUUUAAUUGUGAUCAAUCAUGUGGAUACCUGAAGAAUUCCGUUUGGUCAGCAUCAAAAAGAAAUGGAGAAUACAGGGAUUGGAGACUCAAACUGUCGUGAAUAUCAGAGGGACAAUGAGAGCGAUAGUGGAGGCUGUGGAGACGACGAGGGUGGAGGAGAUGCUCUUCAUCCGAUGGCGAAGCUCCAGCAGUAUGCCGUAUGCGAAAUGGUCUUCAAUAGACAAUUGGUAGGUCGACUUUUGGUGGACAUUUUUCGGAAUGCCGUCGACCAUUGCACGGAGCUCAACGUCUCCAAGGUAAUGCAGCCCGUCCACAAAUUGGUUAACGACACGGAGGCUAUCGUAAGACUGGACCUUAUCGAGCAGCUGCCGCAUGUGGCGAUGAUAUGCCAGGAGGCGCCUGAAAGAUUUGGGAAUGUUUUAUCGAAUCACUUGAUUCAUUUAAUUGCAACAUUCCUUCAUGAUGAGGAUCAACAGGUACGAAAUUCCACCCACACAGCCUUACUCACACUUAUCGAACGAGGUCUUCUGGACAAGGACUCGAUCGAAUUCGUAUUGGCACCCACUCUCCUGAUGAUGGGACAACAACCAGCCAAACUUGAAUAUGUCACACUUGCCAUUGACGGGAUGAGCAAGGUCGCUCCACUACUCGAUCCCGCGACAGCUGAGCGGCUUUUUCUCAAAAGAUACCUGUCGCUAUGUUGCAAUGGAAAUUUCUUCUUCCGAAAACUCUGUGCUAUACACUUUGGCGAGUUUUCAGCCUCGAUGACCAAGGAGACCAUUUUAGAAAAAUUGCUGCCAAUAUACGUGUCUCUCUGCAAAGAUUCAAUCUGGACAGUUCGAAAAUCUUGUGCCGAAGUAAUGGUAUCGAUAGCCUGCUGUGUAUCGCUCGAGCAUCGUCGUAACACUUUAUCACCAAUACUUGCUAACUUUCUUGACGAUGAGUCAAAGUGGGUCAAAUUAUCAGCAUACCAAAUACUCGGGCCUUUCAUCUCGAUAUUUGCAAAACAAUUCACUGAUUUUGCUUACAAUCAGUAUGGUGAACUUGUAUUAACGGAUCAACAUGGUACCGAGCUCAGGUAUAACAUGAUAUCAUUUUCUGGAUCGGCAGAGUCAUCAGCCGCCUGUAAAUCAUCAACAGAUGAGGACGACGAUAACAAUUCCGAAAUGCUCGAUUCUCCACUGUCACGAGGAACUGAAAGGAACAUAACAUCCCGAAAGCGGCCGACCAUCCAGAAGUACGAGGAGGCGAUCGAAAAAUUCGGUGAAAUGAUCAAGGAAUUCAAUGCAAUUGUGAAAGUUGACCCACAAUCAAUAGAUGAUAGUUCAUCGAGUGACGAUCCCAAUCAAUUCAGUCCGUUUCUGUACUACUACAUACCACCUGAUUUGCCCCUUGACGAUGAAUUAGUCAGAGCAGCCAGUGAAGGGUAUAAAUCACCGGAGACAAAUUUUGAAUCCUCGAAAAUCGAAGUGCACAUAGACACGUCGAAUGAGUGUCAUGUACCAACAAUAGAAGUAACAAUUCCCGAUGAUAAUAAAGAAAAUCACAAAGGUGAACCAGACAAACAGGAUAAACAGGUGAUGGGAGAUGAUCUCAGCGAUUUUCCAGGGGCAGUAGUAGUGAAUGACAAUAGUUGUGAGGUAGAGAAUGCAUCGAUUAAACCUAGUGAAGUUGAUAGCAAUGAAAUUGACGUAAAUACUCAGACAUCAUCAGACUCAAGGGAAUUGAAUGAGACGAUUGAUGUGUCAAUGGACACAUCGUCUGAAGUAAGUUUUUGUGAGAAACAGCAUCGACCAAUAAACAGAAGUGUCAGUGAUGUUGGAAGUCAGACAAUUGUACCACAGGUGUUAAUUGAUUUUUUUGUAUCAAUGGCAAAUCCAGAGGCAUGGUGGAGUCUAAAUAGUGCUGAAAUUCCUCGUUUCUGUGCAUUUUACUUUCCCGCUGUUGUAUUGACACUUGGUAGAGAGAAUUGGAGUAUGCUGAAAGCUGCCUAUGGUUAUUUGUCAGAUGCCAGAGAGUACAAAGUCAGAAGAACAAUGGCUUCUAGUAUUCAUGAAAUUGCUCUGAUACUCGGUGAAGAGUUAUCGGCCCAGGAUCUUCUGCCCAUUUAUGAGGGCUUCAUCAAGGAUCUUGAUGAGGUACGAAUAGGUGCCCUCAAGCAUCUUGCUACGUUUCUCAAGGUACUCAAGCCAGCUGACAGACGUCAAUUUUUACCCAAUCUAAAGUGUUUUCUAACGCGGGACAGCGAGUGGAAUGAGAGGAAUUGGAGAUUUAGGGAGGAAGUUGCUAGACGAUUGCUCGAGACUCUUCCACUUUACUGUACUCAGGAUGUCUCUACCCACAUUGCUCCAUUAUCAUUCCCACUGCUUGUGGACAAAGUUGCUGCUGUUCGACAUAUGGCUGUUGUAUUGGUGACGCGAAUAAUCUCGUAUCUCUCGACUGAUGAUAAACUCGUCACAGCGAUUAUCCAGGAACUCCGAAUGAUGUUGACUGCCAAUUCGAGUAAGUGGACUUGUCGUCAGACUUACGCACGUCUCUGUGAGUUUCUUUUAUUGAGUGGAGCUAUUUCUGGGGAGCGAUUCGCUAAGGAUAUGCUGCCCUCUCUUCUGAAUCUUUCUUCAGAUGUUGUUCCUAAUGUCCGACUGUUUGUUGCGAGAACACUCACGACGCAGGCCUUAAAGAUAAGGAACAGGAUGGGACCAGAGCACUUCGAGGAAAUCAGUCAGAAACUGCGAGUGUUACGUCAAGAUCCAGACAGAGAUGUGAGAAAGGUAGCCGGUAGUGUUUUUCAAAAAUAGCAAGAAAAAUGGCCCGACGAACCGAUCCUCGUACUGCCUGGACUAGAUCAAGUGUAAGGAACUGAAUCAACAUGGAAAUCAAUGUAAUGACAAAAAGAAACACAAAUGAACAAUAACAAAGUAUAUGCAUUAUAGUGAGAGAUGAACAUACAUUCUUGAUUAACGUUGUUACACAAAUUCGCCUCAGUUAUUACUUCCUUCAUAAAUGGAAACAAGAAGACAACGAUGAGUCUAGCGAAUUUAUUUUUUUUUGUGUUAUUUGAAUCGAAAGAAGUAGAUGAUGGAGAUAAAAAUUUGGAGAAGUCGACACAUUUUGUCACGCACCAUUUGAUCAUGAUUUGAGCUCAAUUUUUUAUGGAUGAAAG